AGAAAUUGAACAUUCUCUGGCUCUCUCCUCCGUUCACAAUUAUAAAUCUGACCAGAGCUCCCCGUCUCGCGCAGCGACCUCGUUCCUCACGGCACGGAACGUUUGCGUCCUGCUCCUCUUUAAUUAUUCGGAAAGUGUUUUAAUACAAGGACAUAUUCUGUGAUAGGAGCCCACUGCCGCGAGCAUGAACUCGACAAGAAAUUACAAACCAAACAUGGUCAUUCUGAUUCUGGCCGUAUUUGCUGGCGUGUGGAUGGCACGAGGUCAUCCAGGUUCUUAUAUGGAUGGGAGGUUAGCAGUCACCCAAAGAGGAGGUCAGGUGGAAGCAGAGGACGGGUCCAAUCCAUAUCACACCACACAGGACACAGAGAGAGCCCCUCCGCUGUUCACAACGGCUCCCCCUUACAGUGGCCUUGACCACCAUCCGCCUUUUAAGCACUACCCGCCUUACGACCCCCGGGGACAAAGCCACGAGCAGUAUUUUCAAGACAGCGGAGGGGCAGCUCACCAUCCCACAAUGCCAUCGUCUAGUUCCCAUCUCCUUCAGGAUCCGUCCACACAGCUGGUCCCACAAGAGGAUGCGCCUCCAUUCUCUGAUGUAGCAGCUCCCAGAACCACCACACUGGCUCCAUCGGCCGCAGCCCUCACCCAGCCACACGUGCCCAACAUCCAACACAAACCUUCAGCAGAAACGCAGAGGAGAAGCACAGAGGAACCACCCCUGUCCGUGACCAUAACAUCACUGACCACCACUGUGCACAAUGUGCACAAAUCUGCAACACCUGCUUCCAAACUGUCAGAUAGAGGAGAUGUCACUCCGACCUUAAACAACAAGCCCAAAGAUGCAACAAUCCCAGUAAAAAGAGACAAAGAAAAGUCCUCAAUAAUCAAGGCAGAACAUAGCACUCCAGGAAGUGAUGUUGCUGUAAAAGCAUCAUCAAUGUCUGGGGAUUUGGAUGACGAGACCACCACCUCCACCAUCAUCACCACAACAGUUAUUACGACCAUGCAGACACCAGCUCCGUGCAGCACCAAUUUCACAUCACCGGGAGGCUACAUAGAGACACCACAGCAAGCCAGGAGUUGGUACAAUACGGAUGUGGACUGCACAUACACCGUGACAGUCUACAUGGGCUAUGGGGUGGAAAUUCAGGUGAUGAACGUGAGCCUGGCCGAGGGCGACGUGGUCAGAUUUGAAGACCUGGCCGGCCGGGAACCUUCUGUCCUGGCCAACGAGUCCAUCUUACUGAAAGGUCUGGUGGUACGCAGCUGGAGCAACCAAAUCUCCAUCCACUUCCGCAGCCGGCAGCCGCAGUCCAGCUCCUUGCUGCUGCGUUACCAAGCAUUUGUGUUGAGUUGCAACUUCCCUGAUAGACCAGCAUAUGGGGACGUGUCUGUCACCAGCCUGCAUGCAGGGGGAGAGGCCUAUUUCUACUGCUUCAAUGGAUACCAACUCCAGGGUCCCUCCACCCUCACAUGCCGCAAUGCCACCACACCCUACUGGAGCGGCAAAGUGCCGCGCUGUCUUGUGGCCUGCGGUGGAAUGGUGAAAAACGUGACUCUCGGCCGCAUUGUGUCUCCUGGUUUCCCUGGCAACUACAGCAACAACCUGACCUGCCACUGGGUGCUGGAGGCCCCUGAGGGUCAACGGCUGCACGUGCACUUCGAGAAGGUGGCCCUCGCGGAAGACGAUGACAGGUUUCUGAUUAAAAACGGCAACCACAUUGAUUCACCGAUUUUGUACGACUCGUACGAGGUGGAAUACCUUCCUAACGAGGGAAUUGUUAGUUCCGCCAGACAUCUCUUCGUGGAGUUUACGACGGAUGGUUUCGGCACCAACACGGGAGUAGCCAUCAGAUAUGAAGCUUUUGCAGCAGGUCACUGCUACGAGCCAUUCGUCAAGUACGGCAACUUCACCACCACUGACAGCACCUACGCUGUGGGCACGGUCGUGGAGUUCACCUGUGACCCCGGAUACACCCUGGAGCAGGGCUCUGUUAUCAUCGAGUGCAUGGAUCCCAGCAACCCUCAAUGGAAUGAGACUGAGCCCGCCUGCAGAGCGGUUUGCAGUGGAGAGAUCACAGAUUCAGCUGGGGUGGUGUUGUCUCCAAACUGGCCUGAGGCCUAUGAUAAGGGUCAGGACUGCAUCUGGGGGAUCCAUGUUGAAGAAGACAAGAGGAUCAUGCUAGACAUCCAAGUUCUCCACAUGGGAAAGAACGACAUGCUGACUUUUUACGAUGGAGAUGACCUGACUGCAAAGAUACUGGGCCAGUACAGCGGUUCCCGUCCUCGCUUCAAACUCUACACCUCCAUGGCUGAUGUGACCAUUCAGUUCCAGUCGGACCCUGCUACCAACAUCUACGGCUACAACAAUGGUUUUGUGGUGCACUUUUUCGAGGUUCCCCGUAACGACACCUGUCCAGAGCUUCCGGAGAUCUCCAACGGCUGGAAGACCACAUCUCACCCUGAUCUGGUGCACGGCACGGUGGUGACCUAUCAGUGUUACCCAGGCUUUGAGGUGGUGGGCACCGAAAUGCUCAUGUGUCAGUGGGACCUGACCUGGAGCGGAGACUUGCCUAGCUGUGAAAGAGUCCUGUCAUGCCCAGACCCAGGCACGGUGGAGCACAGUCGCAGGGUGAUGUCAGGCCCGCGUCUAAUCGUGGGCUCUACUGUCCAGUACAUCUGUAACAAAGGCUACUCGCUGUCAGGAAACAGCCUGCUCUCCUGCUACCACCGUGACUCCACUGGCCCCAAAUGGAGCGAGAAACUGCCCAAAUGCAUUCCUGAUUCGUAUGAGCCGUGUAGGAACCCCGGCACUCCUCCCUAUACCAUUCAGAGCUCAGAGAAGCAUGUGUAUCAGGCUGGAGAAACGGUGCGCUUCUCCUGCAUGAGUGGGUAUGAGCUCCAGGGUGAGCCUGUUCUCCGCUGUGUCCCCGGGCAUCCUUCCAAAUGGAGCCUUCCACCCCCGCUGUGCAAAGCGGUAACAAUGGAGUACAUAGAUGAACACAGACUGGAUGUGGCCAGUGCAGAUUUCAGUAUGGAGGGAGCCAGUGUGGCUGUUUCCAUUUUUAUCCCAGUGGCCGUAAUCAUAAUUAUCAUCAUGUCAAUAUAUUUCUACUUUUCAAGAGUGCAAGGCAAGUCUCUACGUCUCUCCAUGUCCACAUCACCACAAUACGAUCACAUCAGAGGAGAGUCAGCUUUUGAAAACCCCAUCUACGAGACUGCAAACAAUGAGAGACCUAUGAUUCAAAGCAGCCACCAGAGGUACUCUCUAGGAUUCUGUUGUAAAGAAAGAGCCUGUAAGGAGAGUUGAUCAAUGGAAUAGCAUCACAUGGACAAGGCUGAGAAGGAUACAAGAGAGUACGAAGUCUCCAUUUAAGCUUGUUUUAGCAUGGAGGACCGCAAGCCUUUCUCUGCCUUGUGGAAGAUCUCUCAGUUCCUCUCACAUCUUGUGUAGCCAACUCUGCUCUUAAUCUCACCUACCUUCUCAUCUUUUCCCAUCUGCUGUAAAUAUCACCUUGCUUCUGAGGACUUCCGCGAGCGAAGAGUGUGGACAACAUGAUAUUAUUUUUGUAGAGCUUCAAUAGCCAUGGCCUAGCAGAAUUGCUUGUACAGUUUUUACCCGUAAUUGAGCCAAAUUAAGGAAUUAAAAAAAAAAAGACUGAUAAUAGGGGAGUAUAUGUUAUUUAGGAGAUUGAUGUCUCGCUAAACAGAUUUUUUUCUUUUAUUUGUUUUUAAGUGUCACACUUUUGCACUCACAACCCCUCCUGCCCCCUCUCCAAAAAAUUCACAUGUAAAGUUACAUCGUAAGAUUUAAGUAAAUCACAAGCACAGGAAAUAGUUGCACUUGUGAAAUAUAAACAAAAUGAUAUAAAUUCACAUAUAAUGUAAUUGAACAAAAUACAAAUAAAGUUACAAUUACCUGUUAAU